UUGAUUGCAUUGGUGCAGUAGAAGUCUGGCCAUACUUCCUUUCUCUCCUAGCCUCUUUCUUCCAGUAGCUCUGAUGUGGCAUCUGUAGAUGGCAGUAGGUUAUACAGCUUUCAGCGCUAAAUUAAUUUAUACAUCGCUUAAAAAACAGUUAUGCUGCCCGUCUAUAUGCCAUGUAGGUGCAUUAGCAAAAUAUAAAUCUUAUAAUAAUUUUCUGCCCCCUAUGUACCUACGGAAAUCGAUACUGUGGUUAAAGCCCAAGUCACUGUAGAUAAGCCAUUUCUAAAUUUAGAUCACAAUCAAAAUAAAAAUUUCAUCUUAUAUCAUCAGAACAUUAGUGGCCUUUCAACCCAAAACUUAGAGACCACCCAGAAAGAAAAUCUCCUGGACAUAAGAGGACUUCCGAAAACUGAAGAAUUUAUAAUUUAUCUUAAAAAUGCCCAAUUAUCACAUAUUCUUUGUCUAACUGAACAUCAUUUGAAAGCACCAGAUAUCUUACAGAUAAAUUGUAGAGCUAAUACAUCUCAAACUUUGCUUAUACAAUCUUCUGAAACUAAAAUGUCAGCACAUCAGACCAUCACUACUUUAUAGAAAUCUUAGUCAUACAUUACAUAACUUGGAACAGAAUAACAGUGAGUUUGUAGUGUGUACAAAUGAAAGAGCACUGUUAGCACAGCUUUUUAUCUUUAUGAGCACUUAAGAGUUAAUUAGGGUCAACAGAUAUGUCAGAGUUCAAAGAUACUGCUUUUUGAAUCAUGAGGAGGGGAGGAAAAAUCAAUGUGUAGCCUUCAUUGUGUUGCUGCUGCUGCUAUUGUAGUAUUUAGUAAUACUGGGAAUUAAUCCUGCUGAGUUGCUUCAUGUCUCAUAUAUCUUGUUAUGGCUGUCAGAAGCCUUAUGUAUGCUCUAGUCAUAGUCACACAUUUCAGAAACCUUUUGAAGAAUUGUAGGUUGAAAACUGAACACACAAGAUGGGAAAAGUGUCAUCUCUACUGUCAAAUCAAGCAUUUUAUAUUGUUUCAGUGUAUAGUAUGAUAAUGACUCUGAUGGUUGGUGUAAUGUUGGGGCUUGUGGUCUGGUCUUCAAGAAUUAGCUCUCAACGUGGUAUUAUUGAGAUGCCAGAGUCUCACUAUGAUUAUAUCAUAGUGGGAGGUGGUACUGCUGGCUGUGUCCUGGCUGCCAGAUUGAGUGCUAAUCCUUACCAUUCAGUAUUACUGGUUGAGGCAGGAGAAUACUUCAACUGGCUCAGUUCAGUUCCUCUUGUUACACCAAUGCUACAAGGCUCCGCUCAUGACUGGGCAUAUCACACAAAGUCUCAAGUUCAUUCCUCCUGGGGACUCAAUAACCAGAGUUCAGCAUGUCCACGUGGUCGUGGGCUAGGAGGCACUGGGCAGAUGAACUACAUGUUACAUUAUACAGGGAGUGAAGAAGAUUUUUCUCGUUGGGAGGAUAGUGGGGCAACUGGGUGGGGGCUGAGACAAUUACAGCCCUAUGUGUCAAAGAUGUUAGGUACAGAGUAUCAAUGCAUUGCAAAGCAGCCAUACUGCCUCAACAGUUAUCAGAUCCUCCUCAUGUCUGCAGCAGGUCUGCACACUACCUCACUUCAUCAAAAGAGUCAAAAUAACUGCAAAAGAGUUAAGGCCCAGCCUAGGAUGCAUAUUUCACAUGUAGAUGUUGGCAACUCUGUGCUUGGAAAAGCAUUCAUAGAUGCUGGUAAUGAACUAGCAAUGGCAUUCAAGGGUCUCAGUUUCUCUACAGUUCAGAGCACGGUGUACAAAGGGCAACGCUGGAGCAGUCUGGAUGGAUAUCUUCGCCCUACAUUAGGACAACACAACUUAAAAGUGCUGUUGAACACCCGAGUUACUAAGGUGGUGUUUGAUAAUGCAAGAGUAGUGCAAGGAGUGGAACUGAGGAUGUCAGGUGACUUGUCCACAAAAUUUGUUAGAAGUCGUAAAGAAGUUGUGUUAAGUGCUGGUGCCAUCAAUACACCACAUAUCCUACUCCAGUCAGGAGUUGGGCCACAGGCUCACCUACAUAAAUAUGGGAUCCCAGUUGUGUCAGAUCUUAACGUUGGCUUCAACCUACACGAUCAUCUCAAUAUGCCUCUGUAUGUGAGCUUGGAAACACCAGUCAGUGUCACAAUCAAUAAGGUUCAGCAAGUACAUCAAUUUUGGGAUUACAUGAUUCAUGGAAAAGGGUUAUUAGCCUCUUCAGGUCUUGUUGGUGUGGGCACAGCAGAAACAGAUCUUGGACUUUUACUCUUUGGUUUUGGCUCCACAGACGAAAAGAUAUUCCGAGAUAUUGCAAACUACAAACAAGAGACAUUCCACGCCCUCUUUCCAUUUAGCCAUAACAAGACACAGGAAGGCUUUGUACUCUUGGCUUCCUGUCUACUACCUUCCAGCAGAGGUAUUGUAACACUAAAUGAUGCUGAUCCAUCUAAUGAACCUGUAAUAGACCCUCAGUACCUGCAACAUCCCCAUGACAUAGCAUGCAUGAUUCGCGCUGUGAAACUGGCUAUAAGCUUGUCUUCAAGCCAGCCUUUCCAGCAUCUGGGUGCCAAACUUCAUCUCCCUCAGCUGGAAGAAUGCCAGCACUUAGAAGUGGAUCCGCAAAACCAGUCAUACUUGGAAUGUAUAAUUCGCACUGCAGCUAUCACAGGCUAUCAUCCUGGUGGUACCUGUAAGAUGGGAAGUCCUCAUGAUAAAACAACUGUUGUGGAUCCACAACUGAGAGUGCGAGGUUUGCAUGGUCUCCGUGUCAUGGAUGCCAGUGUAAUGCCGACACCAGUUUCAGGUCAUCCAAACUCUAUACUCAUUGCUAUGGCUGACAGGACUGCAGAUCUUAUACUAAGACACUGAUAUUUCUUAAAAAGCAUGAAUUUGAACUGUGUAAUUUAAGUGAAAUAAAUGAACAAUAAAGUAUUAUAAUAAUUUAAAAUAAAUCCACUGAAUGUGUUACUGA